GUCCACAGUCUCUGGUCAUCUCCUGUACUGUGUCCGCAGUCUCUGGUCAUCCCCUGUACUGUGUCCGCAGUCUCUGGUCAUCUCCUGUACUUGUGUCCGCAGUCUCUGGUCAUCUCCUGUAGUGUGUCCGCAGUCUCUGGUCAUCUCCUGUACUGUGUCCGCAGUCUCUGGUCAUCUCUUGUAAUGUGUCUGCAGUCUCUGGUCAUCUCCUGUACUGUGUCUGCAGUCUCUGGUCAUCUCCUGUACUGUGUCCACAGUUUCUGGUCAUCUCCUGUAAUGUGUCUGCAGUCUCUGGACAUCUCCUGUACUGUGUCCGCAGUCUCUGGUCAUUUCCUGUACUGUGUCUGCAGU